AUGGCGCCCAGCAACUUACCCCACAACUUCUUUCCUACAAUCAAUCUUCCUACCAUUAUCCAAAGACGCUCAAGUUCCUGCGAAGUGAGCUACUCCAGCCAGUGUGCCACCCACCGCACUGUCCUGCUCAUUGUCUCCACUUUUGUGGCCGCCUUCCUCUUGAUCAGCUUUGGUCUCGCAUGCAUAAUAAAAAGAGCCCGCCGCAGAGCCCAUGAACGCGCUCAAGCUGCAGCCAAAUAUCCCUACAGGGAACUCAGGCUGCUAAGACCUGACUCUGGGUUCCCUGUUGUAGCGAGGCUACCCUUGACGAGCCCGAUGGGCGAUGCGAGUCCUGGGGCUGGAGUCGACCAGAACUGGAGAAAGGAGGGCUCGUGGCAUGAAAGGGCAGCAAAGAGAGACGAGUCUCCGCCGCCGUACACGCCAAGAACACCUGAGCCUGCAAGGACAAGAAUUUGA